UAAGGGAAUACGCGAGAGAGAGAAGUCAUAACAAGUGGUACAGGAAGACGUGUUUUUCGGAUGGAAAAUGAGCCAAACGUGAAAACGCAGCAGCAUUUCAACAAGUCCUCCAACUAAUACGACCAAAUAGGUCGAUUGUUUUCCGACCCAAAUACGACCCAUAGCCACGUUUUAAAGUGUAGCACCUCUAGUGGUCGUGUAAGAAACAACAUGCUCCCGUCUAUUCAUUUCUAUUAGCAACUCCUGGCGGAUCGUAAUCCCGUGAACUUUAACCUUGCGCAUCAAUAAAAGUGCGACGAGUGAAGAAGAAGAAGAAGAGCGGGAACCGGAAGUGGUAAAAUGCUAACUCACUGGGUUUUUUUGGACUCGGCACUGCAUCACUGACAACAUCCAUUUAUUUCCUACAGACAAGCUAAUAAAGAUGCCUACUCAAAAAGUGUGCCAGACUUGCAAACACAAAAUAGGAGUAGCCAGCAGGAAAUGCAGGCAAUGUGGUGCCAACCAACCCUACAAGGAGAAACUAUCCAAGCAAAAGGAAAAGGUUGCACAGGAGUGGAAGGCCACGCAACAAAAAAACCACAGUGUCAACAAAGUUUAUGACUCAACAAAUCUACUGCUCCACAAAUGGAAACUUCUUGAGCGGCAUCCCAUCCUCCUUCUUGCCAAGAGAGGCACAAAUGGUUUUGCGGCCGAUUGCCUCUGUCCAUGGCAAAUUGAGACAGAAGAUGGUAACAAUGCACUUGUUACCAUAAAGAGGAUUUACGAAAGCCUUCUUAAUGUGACUUUGGCAGUUGAACCUGAGGGUCCUUCAACCACACAGGCAGAAAUGGCCACAGACCCAGGAUCAGAUUCCUUGUCUGUACCUCUCUCCUCCAGCCUGACUCCUCCUCUCUCCUCCUCUCCUGACUCCUCCUCUCUCCUCCGGCCUGACUCCUCCUCUCUCCUCCGGCCUGACUCCUCCUCUCUCCUCCGGCCUGACUCCUCCUCUCUCCUCCGGCCUGACUCCUCCUCUCUCCUCCGGCCUGACUCCUCCUCUCCUGACUCCUCCUCUCUCCUCCGGCCUGACUCCUCCUCUCCUGACUCCUCCUCUCUCCUCCGGCCUGACUCCUCCUGUGUCCUCAGUGUCUUCCUCACAGAAAAGAAGACCAACGAGGAAUAAAGUGGCAAUUAAUGGGCCAUGCCGAGGUGUUGGUGCAGUGGCAGUCUUGCUCUGGAUGUAUUGGGGUUUUUAGAUUUCCAUAACAAUUGGCGCUGCGAGCAGGGUCUCUGCAAGUUCGAUUGGGAACACCUCCGGACGCUGGUGGUGGGCGCUCCAGGAUCCGCGGAUCUUCCUCUACCCCGACAGAAACCGUAUGGGACGAGAGGACCAGCGCCGGGGGUGGAACCGAUUGACUUCACGAGAUCCAACGAACUCAAAGGCUUUCCAAUACUGGGCGUGGGGGAUCCUCUCCUCGACUGUGGAUUUCCUUUCCCACCUUCCCUCGCUGUUCACCUGCCUGCUGAGGAGGCGGCUGGACCAGAGGCCGCAAUAACUACAAAGUUCCCCGCCAAAGUCGACAUGUCAAGAAUUUGGGCAUGCAGGCAGAACCGGGAGGAAACAGUAAAUGACUAUUACCACCGCUUAGAAAAAGUGUUCAUUGAGAACAGCGGCAUUAUCAAACAAGAGGCCGGUGUGGGAGUUUGGGAAACACACCUCUCAAACGCUUUCCUCACAGGCCUAUCCCCGGCUAUUUCUUCAUCAGUGCGAAACUCCUGCAUUGGCGUAAUGGACGGUGCCCGGCUGGAAGAAAUUCGCCGACAUGCCGUGCAGGCUGAGAAACGCCUCUCAGAAGAAAAAGCCAGUGAGGAAAAGAGACGCCACGCUCACAAAGAAAAGGGCCAGCUGACCAUGGUCCAGGUUGUUACAACCACCUGGGCUCAAGGUCAAGGCCAGGGCAGAGGGAACCGAAGAGGAGGAAGAGACCGCAAUAGAGACCGCAAUAGCAGAUGUUUUAACUGCGGAGAGAUGGGUCAUCGGUUCGCUGAAUGCCCACACGAGAAGCAGAAAAAGAACUUUCGAUCGGAUAAAUCGGACUGUAACAAAGACAGUACUUCAAACUGACAGUAGUCGAAGGAGGGAGUGGGGAAAGGAAGGAAUUCGGUCGGGAGAGAGAGAACCACUGCCAGCAUCAUCGAACCAGGGAAGUGAAUACACACACACACAUCAUGCUUUUGAAAAUUGGAAAAUGUAGAAGACAUGCCUGUGGUUAAAGAGGGUACAUAUUUGAAAUAUGACAGUGAAACAGCAUUUCAGAAAUGUCCCACACUGACUUUGGCUGUCAUGGGUGUUGAUGUUCCAUUUUUUUUGGUUGAUUCUGGGACUACACAUUCUAUAGUAAAAAGGGCAGAUUUGCCUGAUUGCAAAUGUAAUGGUAGAUUAUGCACUCAAUAGGAGCGGCUGGGGUGACUGUAAAGGAGAAGUUUUUGUAUCACUUCAGAGUGGAGAUAACGGUGAUGAUAGUCAAUCCAUUUCCCACAUCAGUCAAAAACAGUUUAUUUUAUCCUUCGUCUGCCUAAUACAUUUACUGGGCAGAGAUCUGAUUCUCCGGUUCGGCUUAGACCUAAUUUUUCAACAAAUGAGGGUUUUAAAGUCCGGCAGCCAUCUCCUACGAUGGUUCAAAAACUGGCAUUUGAUGAUAAAGAACUGUGUGAAUGUGUAUUAAAUGGCUGCUGACAUAUCCUGAUUCUCAGGCGUUGUUGCGUUUGACUGAUCAACGUGUUUUUCCACCUGCUGUGUUCAUGGAGGCUUCUCAUUUGCAUUAUACGUGCUAACGUUGUUAAUGUUGUUAAUCCGUGUAAAUGCUAUGAUGAGUUUUUCUGUUAGAAUGUGUGAAUGAGGAGCUCAUGCUUAAAACUAAGCUUGAAGUUUGCUGCGAAGCUGGUUCCUGUUGCACACCCACACAACACAAACUGUGUCAAAUCCCAGGGGCGGUCCACACAUUUCACUAGUCAGGGGCCCCACUGAUAGAUAGAGGGAUUUGGAUCCAAUCGUUAAAGAUUUGGAGUCAGUCACUGAUUGGACACCUACACACACAGAAUAUGUUAUGUACUAUAUGUCAGGUGACAUGUAUAAGAUGAAAAUGUGCACAAACGUAGCCGUUCUGCGCACAUUGCUGUUGGUUGAGGAUGAUGAGGUAAUUCUCAUAUCUCUGAGCUUUCCUGCGCUUUCAGAUGGGCCAUACUCACUCUGGGCAGCUCACAGAUCUGACGUAGGGUUAAUGUCCAUGUUGAUGGACUCAGUGUUUACCUCUCUGCUUAAACAAGGGGUCAUUAUUCCGUGUAACGAUUCCGGUACGCACUCCAGUGUUUCCUGUCAAAAAGAUCAGAGACAAAACCUCCUGACGAGUGGAGAUUUGUCCAGGAUUUACAGCUGUAAAUGCUAUGCAGCUAUGCCCGCUCGUCCCAAGUCGCUUAUCUGAUUACUCCAAAAGUUCCAGCCUCUGCAGCAUAUUUUUUUUUACUGUCAUAAGAUCUCUCAAAUGCAUUUUUCAGUGUUCCUGUACACAAAGACAGUCAAUUUUGUUCACAUUUGAAUAUAAGGGUAAACCUUACAGAUUCACACGUUUGUGUCAAGGCUACUGUGUA